AUUUGACAGUACUUUAUUUUAUACUCAAAUUUAGUUAAACAUAUAAAUAAUUAACUCAAAAUGAAAGAUACUUGCAGAAGAAAAAUCGACUUGGAUAGGACGGCGGAGCACACUAAUAAGAAACACACGGAAUCUUUUAACAAAAAAUUGGACACGCUUGAACAAGAUGCCACCAUACCGGAUCACCAGCGACAAGAGAUUCUCAAGCAGCUAUUCCCCAAUAUCAUAUACAAGGUCAUCGACAUCGUGCCGGUGGUGCAGGAAAAGGAUUACUUCGGUCUGGGCAAGACUUCGGAAAAAAUCGGCGAGGAGAAAGAGAAGACGUCGAGGGACAGCAUUUCCACGCAGUACUACCAAGAUCCUUCGCUUAGGGUGCUUCAAUCAGACGUGAGCAGCGAAAGUAAACCCAAAGAAGCGCAGGAGCCUUCCGAAGAAUCCAUCGAAGAAGAAAUAGAACUGAAAGAAGGGUCGAGCUCGAGCGGCCUGAACUCGGAUUUGGUGAAAAUCCUCAACACCCAGAUCAAGCCCCAGCCCACGCUGUACUCGAAGUUCUUCGCGAAGAGCAAGGACGCCGCCGCCAUAUGGCGCAAGCCCAAGGACGUCAAGGCGGCGGUGACGGCCGAGGAAAUAGCCAACACGACCAGCAUGAAGAUAGCCAAGAAUUUCGUGGAGUGGGCGAACGGGUGCGGCUUGAACGAUUCGCUCACCGCCGAAGAUCUCCUGAAGAUGUUCAGCACCAAUCAAGGCGAGAAUAAAUUCUACGUGAGGCAGGAGGAGACCUACUCGGUGCCCGGGCAAGUCGGGUGGUACUUGGGCUUGAAGCGCCGAACCAGACAGUGGGUGCUGGUGAAUCAGAUUAGAAAAGAUAAGCAGGCGUAUGAGUUUAAAGGCGAGAAAAAUAUAGCAUUUGGAAAAACGCUACCUCAUUUCCUCUACAAAGGAACCUCCAAUAAUGAUAGCUACACUGAAUGGUUGGCUACAAAAAUUCCCAAGAAUAUCGAAUCCUUCGAAGAAGUCUUUAAAGAAAUCAAAGACUUGGAGGUCACCAAGAAAUACGCAGAGUUCAUAGAGAACAGACCUUACAUUAAACCGCCCUCGUACCUAGUAGAUGCCGGCCUAAUUAAUUACCCCAGCUCCACUAAGUUUAAGACCCUGAAAGGAUCCAGAAGACUAACGAGAACAGAAACCAUUUACACGCUGGUGGAAUCUCCGCAAUUAGAGCUGCUCAGAUAUGACUACGACAACAAAGUGCCCGUAAUGGACUUGGAUUACUACUGAAUAUUAA